AAAAAGUUUCAUUUGGAUUUAUUUUUAUUUUUAUGUUUUUUGUCGAAAAGAUUUGGUAGGAAAAUUGAACGGUUAUUAGCGACCUCUCCCGCCAUUGCCACUGUGCGAUCUGACCUCGGACCUUCAAUGGCGACAAAAAUGUUAAUGGCUACCACGCCUCUCUCUUUAUCUUCUCCUCCUUUCACUUUUCACCAUCACCAUAAGGUGUUUCAUUGUUCAUUGAGACAAAGCUCACUGGUUCAGAGAUGGAGCAAUGGAUAUUCUGGGAUGAGGAUGCUCAAGCCGUUUUCUUUCACCAGUUUUAUGGAUUUUAAGAUGAGGAGAACUUUGAUAUGUGCAGUCAAUCAAGAUGCUGAGGAAGCUUUCAAAAAGACUGUAGAAGUGGACAGGUUGAUAGAUAAGUUGAGAGAUGCAAAUCCAAAUGAACUACAACAACUGGUCGUUGAAAAUGUCCUUGCAUUUAAUGAGGGCUUUUGGAUAAGACUAGCAGCAAGAACAGAUACUUGCAAAUCUGAGGAUGAUAAGAAAGAUUAUGAAGAAUUAGCUGUAUCUGUUAUGAGCAUUGUAGAUCGACUUGUCCAUAAGACCAAUGAAAAGAUAGAAACAUCUACUGAUGUCCUUAAGGAUAUCCUAAAACCUGUAGUUGAAAAAGUUGAAGGUGAGGAAAUUCCAUGGCCUCCUAGAGAUCCUGAGGUGCUUAAACAAAUGGAGAAAGAAGUAAUUGAAAGGGAGAAAGAAGGACAAUUGGAUGAAGGGUUUCUUGCUGAAGUUAGUGCACAACUACGCCAAGCCAAGGAAGAUGGCGACAAACCCGGGCUUGAGGCUAUGUUGCAAAAGGUUUUACAACUCUAUGCUUCCAAAGUUCUUUCAAAACGUAGCUAUGCAAAGAAAGGUGGGGAAAUUUUGAAGGCUGAAGAGUUCCUUGAGACUAUAAUCAAAGCUCCUGAGGAAUUAUGGAACAAGCUUUUGAUUGACGGAAUGACAGUUGGUAAAGGCGAAAUUUCACCUGAAGAACUCUAUGCAGUCAUUAGGAAAAGAAUUGAGCGGACAUUAAUCCGAACAGAGGGCGGUUCGUACCAGCAGAGGAUUCUUACCGAGUAUGUCAAAGGCAUUCAAUCAAGAGCCGAGGAGAUUGUCGAAGUGCUUCGGGGAAAUCCACAAUAGUAGUUAGUUAGUUAGUGCCUUUGAAAAUGAAUGAUUCAUAAAGCAUUUUUGUAUGUGAAAUACUAUUGUGGCAUUCCUGUCGAGUAUCUUGGAGUAUAUGAAUUCCAUGUAUUUAUCUUUCUGUAGAACUCUUUUGUUAUUCUUAAUGGAAUUAUUGCUUAUAUCCUUUGCACAAUUUAAAGAAUGGAAGUACUCUUUUUGGUUUUGGAUUGGUUUGGUAGCCGAACAUGGGCAGUAGAAAAUAGUCCCACAUUGGUUACAAACUAAGGGGAGCUCUUAAACACAGCUAUAAAACGAGAGUUGCUUUGAUUGAGCAAUUCAUACCUUUCUCGGCCUUUUGGCUAAGAUCAAGUGUAGUAUCUGUUCUUAUCAGUUUAAUAUCUGAUAUGUGGGCCAAUGGCCCACACGAUAUUAAAUUUAUUUUUUGAGGGGGAAAGCCCAUUCCAGUAGCUUGCUACUCGGGCUUUCAAGCGUCGCCUAAGCUUUGCACUAUCGCUUGGGCCUGGCGCACCCCACCAAA